GGAUUACCUGGUCCACCAGGUGAGAAGGGAGAGACUGGAGAUGUUGGACCAUUGGGUCCCCCUGGCCCACCCGGACCCCGAGGUCCAGCUGGACCUAACGGUGCUGAUGGUCCCCAAGGUCCUCCAGGUGGUUUGGGAAAUCCUGGACCUCUUGGUGAGAAGGGAGAGCCUGGAGAGGCCGGACCACCUGGCAUCGGGGGAGAACCAGGAAAGAAGGGUCCCAGAGGAGAGCGUGGGGAAAAGGGAGAGGCAGGGCAGCCGGGAACAGCUGGACCUCCAGGAGGAAGAGGGAGACCAGGAGAUGAUGGGCCCAAAGGAAACCCUGGUCCUGUUGGUUUCCCUGGUGAUCCUGGUCCCCCUGGUGAGGUUGGACCUAGAGGUCAAGAUGGUGCCAAGGGGCUCUCCAGGACCCCCCGGAGAGAAUGGACCUCCCGGACCACCAGGAAAGAGGGGACCUGCAGGAUCUCGAGGACCAGAGGGGCGUCAGGGAGAGAAGGGAACAAAGGGAGAUGCAGGUGCAGUUGGACCUCCAGGAAAGACUGGUCCCGUUGGACCCCAGGGCCCCCCUGGAAAACCAGGAACAGAAGGCCUCAGAGGAUUACCUGGAUCAGUGGGUGAGCAAGGAUCUCCAGGACCAGCCGGACAGAAAGGACCACCGGGACCCAUUGGGCCUCCUGGUUUGGCCGGUCUCCGUGGAGAUCCCGGAGCCAAAGGUGAGAAGGGUCACCCAGGUCUCAUCGGUCUGAUCGGACCCCCCGGGGAGCAGGGCGAGAAGGGAGACCGUGGUCUGCCUGGACCCCACGGAUCCGCUGGACCCAAAGGAGAGACUGGAAUGCCCGGAGGCACUGGCCCACUUGGUCCUGCUGGUCCCCCUGGUCUAACUGGUCCACAAGGUAUAAAGGGAGCUAAAGGUGCUACUGGAGGAUCUGGUCCAAAGGGAGAGAAAGGUGUCCAAGGACCCCCUGGACCUCCGGGCCCACCGGGUGAAGUCAUUCAGCCCUUGCCAAUCCAGAGGAGUCCCAAAUCCAAGCGUUCCAUUGAUGCAAGUCAAAUAGUACCGGAGUCUGAUCCAGACAUGCCGGCUGCAGAUGCCACAGGAGCAGAGUUCACGGGCAGCGAAGGCUUGGAGGAGAUCUUUGGAUCACUGGACUCAUUACGAAAAGAAAUAGACACUCUACGAUUCCCCCUGGGCACAAAGGACAGCCCUGCCCGCACCUGCCAAGACCUGCACCUCAGCCAGCCAGGAGUCAAAGACGGAGAGUAUUGGAUUGAUCCAAACCAGGGCUGCUCCAGAGACUCCUUCAAAGUCUUCUGUAACUUCACAAAAGGAGCUGAGACGUGCUUAUAUCCCAGCAAGGACAUUAGUAAUGUGAAGAUGAGCACGUGGCACAAAGAGACUCCAGGAUCCUGGUACAGUAAAUUUUCCACGGGCAGCAAAUUCAAAUAUGUGGAUACUAACGGUGACCCGGUGGGUGUGGUGCAGCUCGGUUUCCUGCGUCUGUUGAGCGUUCAGGCGCGGCAGAACCUCACGUACCACUGUCACCGCUCUGUGGCCUGGGCCGACCGCAGCCACAAGGACAGCCACAACAGAGCACUGCACUUCCAGGGGGCAAACGACGAGGAGCUGAGCUACAACAACAGCCCCUACAUCAAGGCCCUGGUGGAUGGCUGCUCUUACCGUAAGGGCUUCGACAGGACAGUGCUGGAGGUAAACACGCCACAAGUGGAACAUCUCCCCCUGCUGGACAUCAAGGUGUCAGACUUUGGGGACAGCAACCAACAGUUUGGUUUUGAAGUGGGACCUGUUUGUUUCCAGGGCUAAAAACACAUCUUCACUGUCUACCGUCAUCCACAGAGCGAACACACACAAAAACACUCACAUCUGCACUUAGAGACACAACAAUGUAAUAAAAGAUGCCCAAUGUUUUGUAAAUUAACUUGUAAAUUAAUAAAUGAAACAUGCUCCCAUACACAUAUUUGCAUACAUAUACAACAUACUGUGGUGGGACUAUCUUGUGAUCAGUGCCUGCCCGAGGAACGUCUAAAAUACUGUUGGAAGCAAGGAGAAAUAUUAUUGAAGAAGAAACUGCCGAAGAUAAAGACUGGGCAAACAUCUGAAAGAAGAAAGAAAGAGAGAGUCUUCUGGAGUGAAUCAGUGUUUGUUGAAUCGGAGAAUUAAGCCGGAUGCCCUGUUUCGGACCCCUCUCACCGCCCCUUCCUCCCCGCGGUCCCUAUGUUUCUCUACCUCCCCCUUCAUCUUUGACUUUUAACAUCUUUACUCUUUCGUUUACAAUUAAGACAACAUACUGUUUAGUUACAACUUAUAAGUGGGUGCUCCAACCUAAAAAUGUGCAAUCCUCCAGCUAGGUAGCCUUGACCAAAAUCCUGGUUCAAGAUCUGGAGAAGGGUUGAACUGGGUCAAAUGCAGAGACACAGUUUAUCAUUAAGGUCUACCUAAACAAUGUUGGCAGUUGUAGUUGCUAUAGUAACUUAUUUAACACCAAAAAUGUUGAAGCAAAGACUAUUGAUGCUUCUCAGUUGUGUUUCUUGCAAUGUAAACUUGGAGUAAAACAUUUUAACAAUUGCAUUAAAGGUUACCAAAGACGCCGCAAGUUUGUGCCUUGAAUAAAAUAAGUGGUCAGCUAUGUCCUGCUUUUAAAUGUAUUUCUAUUAUUUUUUAAACUGUGAUUUGCAGAAAAAACUGGUGCUAGGUCAGGAGUUUUAAUGCUUGAAGUCCAAUGAAAUUCUUCUCAAAGAAAAAACUAUGCUGGAUAAUCCCUAUGACCAAAAUCGUUUUUUAUUAUCACCAAAAGACAAUUUGGGGGUUUGCUAAAAAUCAGGGUUAAUUAUGUAAAUGUGUUUGUCCCUAUUUUCUGCAGAAGUUAAUAAGAAAUGCAUGCUUUACUAUACAAACUGUGGCUUGUUGCUAACUAUACCAAAGGAUCUGGUGUUUAAUUCUCUUUUUUAGUUUAUUUUAUACCAUUUCAUUAAGCUUUUUUACUUGGGAAAAUGUGCAUUACACACAAAUUGUACAGAAAUAGUGAUAUUCUAUUGUAUUUAUUUAAAACAAUCAGGGUGCUUUGAGAUUUUAACAUCUUCCACCAAGUUUCCCGUUAAAUGUGGUAUCUUUGUAUUUAUUUACUACAGCUGAAUCAGUGCCAUGUGGCGAAAUGUCAACUUUUUACCCUGUUCAUUUUUUUUUCUAUCACCAAAAUCUGUGGCCAUAUUUUCUGUAUCAACUCUUUAAAAUGUUUUCACCAAUUGUAUUUUGUUAAUUUUGCUUCCACUGAUAAGAUUAAAUUGUGACUCUCCAAUUCUGCCAUACGUUAUUCGUGCUGUUUUUGACCCGCUUAUAUCAAAGCAUUAAUUUAAAGAUUCAUUUUAGACAUUAUUUUUAUUUGGACAAGGAGAGGAGAGGGAUGGUGAGAGGGAGAAUGAGUAUUUUCAUCCACUGUGUUGUGAUUUGAGUGGUUUUGUCUUUUUGUGUCGGGGCAUCAUGGCGUAACUAUUAAAAUUUGUCUUAAAUUUUUUUCCAGAAAAAAUAAGAGACCUCAAUAUGUGUUUGUUUUUAUUAUGUUAAAGACAAACAGUUCAACAUU